AUGGCGUAUGCUCAACAAGAUCCCAGCAUGCAGUUUUACUCUGCAAACUACGGCAACGCAUACCAGCUGCCCGCAAUGGACACGUCUAAUCUUGGAUCAAUGAACACAGGUUUUGGAGCCAAUUACGAUGUAUCGGGUGAUAUGGGCGGUGGAGAACUCACGCCUGGUAUCAUGGCUGCAUUCGGCACAUCUGGGUACCCACUGGAACCUCCUUUAUUGCAGGAGUUGGGCAUCAAUUUCGAACAUAUCAAGGGUAAAACAUUGACUGUCUUGAAUCCGCUCAAGAGAGACGUAAAUCCUGACAUUAUGAACGAUCUGGAUUUGGCUGGCCCCAUAAUUUUUGUGUUACUUUUCGGUACAUUGCUACUAUUGGCAGGAAAAGUCCAGUUUGGAUAUGUUUAUGGUGUAGGACUCUUUGGAGUGAUCAGCUUACAUUAUUUGUUCAAACUCAUGAGCCAUGAAAUCCAAAUUGAUUUGACACGGUCUGCGCUGAUCAUCGGCUACUGCUUGUUGCCUCUCGUGCUUGUGUGUGCUUUGGGACUAGUGGUGUCAUUGGAUCUGAUGUUCGGCUACAUUUUGAGUGGAUUAGCUGUGUCAUGGUGUACGUACGCUGCAUCUGGGUUGUUCGUGACUGUCUUGAAACUCCAUAAUGUUCGUCCGUUGAUUGCAUAUCCGCUAGGACUAUUCUACUUCGUGUUUGCCUUGAUGGCCAUUUUUGUGGAGAACAAGCCUCUAGUGAAGAAAUAG